AUGGCUAAGUGCUUGAAAAUUCUCAAGAAAAUACAAAAAGCAGAUAUUAAUUACCGCAAUGAAACAGACCGACUUGCUAGCGAGUUUGAGGACGAACUCGCAAAUGUCGAGGACAAAGAACCAGUCCUUCGUGAUUUACGGGGGACACUUGAUAUGACUGAUAAAAGCUCCCAGUGCAACCUCAGGCUCGAACACAUUCUCGAAGAAUAUAGCAGUGAGAUCGAUUGUGACGUUUCAAGUGCUUAUGAGUCUUCCUCUGAAGAGGACUCGUGUGAUGAAGAAUGGGUUCCUACCACACCUCCCCACACCCGAGGUAAUUCCCUUCCAAAAGCUCCCCGGAAGGAAAAACUCUCAUAUGUGAGGUCGAAUCUUCGCGGCGCGAGACGGCGUUUGGUCUUUGACUCCGAGGAGGAAACCAAGUCUUCAGAGGAAGCGCGUCAGGAUAAACUCAAGCAGAAAAAAGCCCAUUCCUCAAAGAGACUGCGAGAGGAAGAAGCCGCGGAACAACCUUCAAAACGAGUCCGCCGAGAAGCUGUCCAACCAAGAAACGUUUUCGAUGACAUCGAGGAUGAGCAAACUCGUGAUAGUUUCGGUUAUACACGACACGAAGAAAAGCAAGAGAAUACCGCUGACGACUUAGAAGAAAACAAUCAACAGGAAGAUGAGUCCGAAAAUGAGCCUGAUGCUUUAGAGAGUGACGAUUAUUCAAACGUUGAGGACUACGAGUCGGAAGAAGAAGUCUUUCAGCCUGCUCAUGAUGUCAAUAACAAAGACCAUCACUCAGGACAAGAAGGUGAGUUGAGCUCUCAACUGAUCGAAGACACCCCUGGACCAAGCUCUCGACUGAUCGAAGACACACCUGGACCAAGCUCUCGACUGAUCGGGGACGCUCCAUCACCAAGCUCUCAACUGAUCGAAGACACACCUGGAUCAAGCUCACGACUGAUCGGAGACGCUCCUACACCAAGCUCUCAACUGAUCGAGGACACUCCUGGACCAAGCUCUCAACUGAUCCAGGGCAGUCCUGAAUCAAGCUGUCGACGUCAAGAUGAUCAGCAGAAGUCUGAAAAAUGGCAACUCUGGAGUCCAUCCCAAUGGGAAAUCAUCGGUAAAUCACCUCCACCUGACUACGAUCCUAACCAGCGCUUCGGGAGAAGCGUUAUCCGCUUCGCCGCACCUGCUGAAAACAAAAACGAUCAAGUUAUUGACUUAACAGGCUCUCCUGAUCGGGAAAUCAACGUCGAUGGUCAUAUGAAAGACGGGUCAGAAGUUAUCGAUCUCACUGAUACCUUUGACGACGAGGACAGUGUUGACGAUGACAUGAUCAAUGGGUUGGUUGCCGAAGCAGAGGAGAGAGAAAGACAGCAACUUCAAUCAGAACUGGAAAAUCCUUCACGCGGAGAGCAUUGUCUCAGCCCAUACCUCUUAGGCGAAACACUUGACGACUGUUUCAGAUUUGGGAUUCUCACAAAAGAUGCAAUAGAAUUUAUCGAAGAGACCAUCUAUGAACAAGAAGACUACCCUGAUCCUUCUCCCACAAUUUCGCCCAUAAAAACUUACACUCAACUUUAA